AACUUGUCAACCGAUACAAGAGAAAACAUUUUUAUUCAGAUUCACCCAGCUCAACCGAUUGAAAUUUCAUCUUUUUCUCUGGGAGAUCAAGCGUUUCACACGCUGUCACAUACGUGCGGUGUUGAACACUGACCUGUAGACAACACAACAGCAAGAGUUGGACAGAAUAGGACCUAAGUGGACAUUCAUUACACUGUACUCUGCUCCACCAUGGACAUCUGUUACUCGUCCGAUGACGAUGACCAACCUAACAUACAAGCAGGAAACAACAAUAAAAUGCUGGUAGACACAAGAAAUGGAAUAAUUAACUGUCUUCAAAUGGGACCCCAAAACACCAUAGUGUUGGAUACGAACAGAAUACAUGAAUUGCCUCAAGGCACAGAAGUAAAAAUGAGUGUCGUGAUCCGUAAAGCAAGCAUUGACACAGUGGAGACACACAUAACCAUCAGCGGAAAUACUGCUGCCGAGGAACGCUUGACCGAAGUAGCCAACAGACGUGGAGUGUGGGACAAUUUGCGACAGUUCUUCAAUACACUAUAUGCUGGACUGGAGCGGAUAUAUCGGGGGAGUGUGGUGCUGAAACUCCACGUGACAGACUCCAACUUCCUCCAUUGUAUCGAGAAGGCAGCCAAGGAAGGUCGACUGAAUGAACUCAUCCUGAAUCUCAUUCAAGAAGAGGGCGUUUUCGACAUGAUUAAAGGUCAAAAGGUGGAGAUAACUGUUGAAGUCAGGAUCCCGGAAGACCAGUAUGAGGAGAUGUCAAAAGAGAUGGAAAGAAAGAAACAGACCGCCCGUAAACUUGUGGAGAAUCUUUUGGACAGUUCACGCAACGAAGAGAUCGUACAGCAGCAGUCUGUUACAGGGCUUAGAGACGUAGCUGGGGAGGUGCAAAAACUUGGAAAUACUCUGAACGGAGCUAUGGUUGGAGGGGCUGCACUUGGCACCGCUGCGUUGAUUGCCGCCCCAUUCACGUUCGGAGCAUCAAUAGGCUUGGGUACGGCUUCGAUACUAGCGCUUAUUGGUGCAUUUGUGUUGGCAAUUUGGAAAAGCCAGGUACGAAAAAGUGCACAAGGGAGACUGGAGGCGUACAACGACGCAGUGAAGAUACUGGAGAGAAAUAUUACCACCGUGACGAAGCUGGAUGAUGUCAUGAAAGACUUUGUGGAAAGCGCAGUUAUUGAACGUCUGAAAGUCGAGCCAAUCAUGCUAUCAAAUAUGAUGAUAUCUCUCCAACAGUCUGCAGGGUCUGCCUCAAAGCUGGUUGUCAACGUCAACGGGGAGGAAAUCCCACUAGAUAAACUGGAUUUAUACGAGUUCAUUAAAGAAAGCGUGAAGAAUAAAAUGCGGUCCCCAUCGAAGGUAACAGACGAUAUCUAUGAUAUGGCCAGACAAAUAGAGAGAAUAGAGGUAAAUCCCUUCCGUCGACUGCAGUCCACUGCCUGAUACAAGUGAUGGACACUACAUCGUACACUACAUCGUACACUACAUCGUACAUCAGCUGAUGCUUCAACUUCAUUCAUAUUUCUACAAUAACCGUUUUGCUGUAAGAAAUUUCCAAAGCUGACUUGAUAUUUUAAAAUGCAAUAAAAUAAGUCCAAGAAACAAG